AUGAACGGUGGCAAUGGUGGCAAUGGCGGCAGCGGCGGCAGAGGCGGUGUUGGCGGCAGCGGCUGCGGCGGUAGCUAUGGCGGCAACGGCAACGGUGGCAAUGGCAGAAGCGGUGACAGCAACAGCGGCGGUGGCAACGGCGGCUGUGGCAACGGCGGCUGUGGGAACGGCGGCGGUGGGAACGGCGGCGGUGGGAACGGCAGCGGUGGGAACGGCUGCGGUGGUGGCGGCGGUGGCGGCGGUGGCGGCGGCGGUGGCGGCGGUGGCGGCGGUGGUGGCGGUGGCGGCUAUGGCGGCAGCGGUGGUGGCGGUGGCAGCCACUAUGGUGGUGGCGGCGGUUAUGGUGGCUAUGGUGGCUAUGGUGGCUAUGGCGGCUAUGGUGGCUAUGGUGGCUAUGGCGGCUAUGGCAGCUAUGGCGGCAAUGGUGGCAGCAGGAGUGGCAAUGGCUAUGGCGGCGGCGGUGGUAGCAGCGGUGGCGGUGGCAGCGGUGGCUAUGGCGGCAAAGGAGGCAAAGGCGGCAACGGUGGUAGCAGCGGUGGCCAUGGCUAUGGCAGCGGCGGUGGUAGCAGCGGUAGCGGUGGCAGCGGUGGCUAUGGCAGCAGCAGUGGCAGUGGCUAUGGUGGCAAAGGAGGCAAAGGCGGCAAAGGCGGCAAAGGCGGCAGCGGUGGCAAUGGCGGUAACAGCGGUAACUUUACAGACAUAUAG